CUGCUUACAAAGGGAAUGGUCAAACCAGCUGCCAAGUUGUCAUCUGAGCAGGAGUUAAGCAGAUUAAAAAUCGAAGAUAAGAGGUGUGAGAGAGAGAUGAAAAGUGGAGCCAAGAGGACUUCAGCAAUUACAUUUCUGCACAGCAGUCAGUGUAAAGAGAUUCGCACGCAACUCAUUGAGCAGCUGAAAUGCCUCGACCAACAGUGCGAGCUUCGGGUCCAGCUACUUCAGGACUUACAGGAUUUCUUUCGCAAGAAGGCAGAGAUCGAGAUGGAUUACUCAAGGAACUUGGAGAAGUUGGCUGAGAGAUUCCUGGCUAAAACAAGGAGCACUAAAGACCAGCAAUUCAAGAAGGAUCAGAAUGUCCUGUCUCCAGUCAACUGCUGGAAUCUCCUCUUAAACCAGGUGAAGCGAGAGAGCAGGGACCACACGACCCUGAGUGACAUCUACCUGAACAAUAUCAUCCCUCGGUUUGUCCAAGUCAGCGAAGACUCUGGGCGACUCUUCAAGAAGAGUAAAGAAGUCGGAUUGCAGCUCCAGGAAGACUUGAUGAAGGUCCUGAAUGAGCUAUACACGGUGAUGAAGACUUACCACAUGUACAAUGCUGACAGCAUCAGCGCUCAGAGCAAGCUGAAAGAGGCAGAAAAACAGGAAGAGAAACAGAUUGGGAAGUCGGUGAAGCAAGAGGACAAACAGACUCCACGCUCUCCUGACUCAACUUCCAACGUUAGGUUAGAAGAGAAACAUGUCCGACGGAGCUCAGUCAAGAAAAUUGAGAAAAUGAAGGAGAAGCGUCAAGCAAAAUAUACUGAAAAUAAACUGAAGGCCAUUAAGGCGAGAAAUGAGUAUCUGCUGGCUCUGGAAGCCACCAAUGCGUCUGUGUUCAAGUAUUACAUCCACGACCUGUCUGAUCUCAUUGAUCAGUGCUGUGACCUGGGAUACCAUGCCAGCCUCAACAGAGCUCUCAGGACAUUCCUGUCUGCAGAGCUGAACCUGGAACAAUCAAAGCACGAGGGCCUGGAUGCCAUUGAGAAUGCAGUGGAGAACUUGGAUGCCAACAGUGACAAGCAGCGCCUCAUGGAGAUGUACAACAACGUCUUCUGUCCGCCCAUGAAGUUUGAGUUUCAGCCCCACAUGGGUGACAUGGUGUCACAGCUGUGUGCCCAGCAGCCAGUCCAGAGUGAGUUGGUGCAGAGAUGCCAGCAGCUGCAGUCUAGAUUAUCUACGCUCAAGAUUGAAAACGAAGAGGUUAAGAAAACUAUGGAAGCCACACUGCAGACAAUCCAAGACAUAGUCACAAUUGAGGACUUUGAUGUCUCUGACUGCUUCCAGUACAGCAACUCCAUGGAAUCUGUCAAAUCCACAGUCUCUGAAACUUUCAUGAGCAAGCCAAGUAUUGCCAAGAGACGGGCCAAUCAGCAGGAGACCGAGCAGUUCUACUUCACGAAAAUGAAGGAGUACCUGGAAGGCAGGAACCUGAUAACUAAGCUCCAGGCCAAGCAUGACCUUCUUCAGAAGACGCUGGGAGAAAGUCAGAGGACUGAUUGCUCCCUUGCCAGUGGCAGACGCAGCUCUACUAUAAGGAAGCAGGACUCCAGCCAAGCCAUUCCCCUUGUGGUGGAGAGCUGCAUACGAUUCAUUAGCAGACAUGGGCUGCAGCAUGAAGGCAUAUUCAGAGUGUCUGGAUCACAGGUUGAGGUGAAUGAUAUCAAAAAUGCAUUUGAGAGAGGGGAGGAUCCAUUGGCUGGAGACCAAAACGACCAUGAUAUGGACUCAAUAGCGGGAGUUCUGAAACUCUAUUUCCGAGGGCUGGAGCACCCUCUGUUCCCAAAGGAAAUCUUUCAUGAUCUGAUUGCCUGCGUCACAAUGGAUAACUUACAAGAAAGAGCACUACACAUCCGGAAGGUCCUUCUGAGCUUGCCUAAAACCACUCUGAUUGUAAUGAGAUAUCUCUUUGCAUUCCUCAGUCAUUUAUCUCAAUUCAGCGAAGAGAACAUGAUGGAUCCCUACAACUUGGCCAUCUGCUUUGGGCCCACACUGAUGUCUGUGCCUGAAGGCCACGAUCAGGUCUCCUGCCAGGCUCACGUCAAUGAGCUGAUCAAAACCAUCAUCAUCCAACAUGAGAACAUCUUCCCAGGACUGAGAGAACUGGAAGGUCCAGUCUACAGCAGGGGUGGAAGCACUGAGGAUUAUUGUGAAAGUCCUCAUGGAGAAACGGCCUCAGCAGAAGAUUCAGUUCAGGAUAUAGCAGCUGAGCAUCAUACCAGUGAUGAUGAGUGUGAGCCAAUAGAAGCAAUAGCAAAGUUUGACUACAUUGGCCGAACUGCGCGAGAGCUGUCCUUUAAAAAAGGGGCUUCUCUCCUCCUGUAUCAGCGGGCCUCAGAUGAUUGGUGGGAGGGACGGCACAAUGGCAUCGACGGCCUUAUCCCUCAUCAGUACAUUGUUGUUCAAGACACUGAGGAUGGUUCCUCUGAAAGAUCCAGCCCCAAGUCUGAAAUAGAAAUCAAUUCUGAGCCACCAGAAGAAAAAGUGACAGCCAGAGCCAGUGCCAAUUGUCCAAGUGGGGGUCACGUCGCUGAUAUUUACCUUGCAAACAUCAACAAGCAAAGAAAGAGACCAGAGUCAGGCAGCAUCAGAAGAGCGUUCCGUCAAAGCGACAGCCACGGACUGGCUAGUUCACUGGUAGAACCUGCCUCCUCUGGAGCCACAGCUAGUUCUAGACCCUCAUCUCAGCCCAUUAUGAGCCAGAGUCUCCCCAAGGAGGUACCAGAUAAAUGCUCCAUCAGCGGCCACGGCAGCCUCAAUUCUAUCAGCCGGCACUCAUCUCUGAAGAACAGGAUAGACAGCCCACAGAUCCGUAAAACUGUGACUGCAGGCAGGUCAAAGAGUUUCAAUAACCAUCGGCCCAUGGAUCCUGAGGUCAUUGCGCAGGACAUAGAAGCUACCAUGAACACUGCUUUGAAUGAACUGCGGGAGUUGGAAAGGCAAAGCAGCGUAAAGCACACACCAGAUGUUGUCCUCGACACCCUGGAGCCUUUGAAAACCUCCCCUGUUGUGGCACCCACAUCAGAACCGUCCAGCCCUCUGCAUACUCAGAUUCUUAAGGACUCUGAACCAGCAUUCCAGCGGAGCGCCAGCACUGCUGGUGACAUCGCAUGCGCCUUCAGGCCAGUGAAGUCGGUCAAAAUGGCUGCCCAGGUUAAACCUCCAGCAACGAGGCCGAAGCCUGCCGUUUUCCCCAAAACAAAUGCCACGAGCCCUGGUGUUGCUUCUUCCGCAUCUCAACAGCCUGCUGACAAGUCCUGUACUGUCUGAACUAGAAGCCCCACUGUGGAUAUAAUUUUGUUUCAAAUGAGGGGACUAUAUUAAAGACGUAUGAAAAUUACUAUUUAACUAGUUUCGGACUUCUGCUGAAGGUUAGUUUGUAAGUUGUUACUGCCAGGAGUGCUCCCCGGGAGUGAAGACGUGCGUAGUUAAGCCUCGCCAUAUGCACACCACAUCAGCAUACCUUGCUUAUGAAAUACAGACAGAAAAUAGAACAUCAGGUCACUGUGAAAGUGGUGAGGCCAACACAAAGGACUGACGAAUUAUUUCUCAUUUUAUAGUUGAUGCCUUGUUAAUGUUUGGCCACUGAGAGAAGUACUCAGUGGUGCCAUGUUUUGGAUACUGGUGUAAUGACUUGUAUAUAUUCAAUUACCACAGGGAAACAAUCCAAUAGAUUUUAGUCUACUGCAUGUUUUGGUACCACUAGUUAUGUGGAGCUUGGACAUGCCUGAUCCUUGUGCAUUAUUACAUUUCCUGCUGGUGCCACUGCUGUUAAGGGUCUGUCUCGAUUUCCAUUACAUCCUCUCUCUUUCAGCAGUCUUAGCUCUUAGCCAUGUCAGACUCUCCCCUUGAUUGAAAGUUGUUAUGGCAAAUACUCAGCUCUGGAACAUGAGUUCCAUGUUGUGAGUUGGUGCAGAUUUAAAUAAAGCAAAUCUAUUUCUGAGUUUUAGGACAGAAAAAAAUAGAAUUGCUGAGUAUGGCCACCGUGCAAUUGUUUUGGUGCUCCCAGAUUUAAAAGCAGGUUUGUUCUUUUAAAAUGAAACUUUCAGGGCGUUAGACUAUAAUGCACUGUGUGCUGUUCAGUGGGAACUUGAAAGGUGGAAUGUAAAAACGAGUUAGCUUCUGAAAACCAGCUGCUGUGCUCUCACAGGAGUGGCAUUUCCUAACGUGAUCAUAAGUUGAGAUGGGCUCAAACCGAAACCCCAGUUCUGAACAUCCCUAAAGCUGGAUUCUGAAAGUCUUUGCAGCUUGGCCCUGUUUUUGAUUAGUAAACACUUCGUUCUAUGGCUCUCAUGACUAUGGACUAUUGCGGAGGACCCUGGCGUAAAGAGAGUGGUGGGAACAUGCUCUAUGGGUGAUUGGCAGUACAGUGUCCAGCUCAUACAUUGCUUAAAUAUGUAUUUCUAUGAUAAAUCAUCAUGCCUCCAAGGGAUUCUGCUGACAAAUUAGUGACUUCUUAGUAUAUAUGUGUGUGACAGACUGUGACUGCUUCAGCUUCUAGCAGGCUAUAUGGACUCUUCUGUACUUUGAUGGCAAUAUAUUUUCCAGAAUGCUAGCAUAUAUUUAAUGAAUUAAAAAAGGGGGGGGGAGGGGAAGGCACAUGCUGUGUUAAGGUAAUGGGUCUCACAGCCCCACCAGACCAAGGGAUUAUGCAACUGACUUUCCAUCCUUACCUCGCCCAUCGUGCCCAAAUAUUGCUGGAGUCUGAAUAGUCCUACCGUUUAUGUUCUCGUAGUUACUCAAGCAAGAACGACAUAAGGAAGGUGACUCUCCUCACUCUAGUUGAGUGUCCUUUGAUAUCUGUGGGCCUGAAUCACACCUUAACUUUGUGGUUUAAUGCAGAUUGUGAUUUUUAACAAGCAUUGUAAUAAAAACAAGGUAUGUUGCAUCUCUAAGAACGAGUUGGCCUUAAACAUCCACUUCUAAUUCCUUUUUAAGGAAGUUACUUGGAUAGACACUGUUUUUCAAUCUCUUUGAAAGAGAAGAAUUUUUUGUAUGAAUGCUUGUGUGUAAAGGCCUGAUUUUCUCUGUGAUGUAAAUUAUGGAGACAUGAGAAGUUCAUGGACUACAGGAGAAGGAAACCCCUGAAAAAGAUUUGUUGGGACCAUUUUAAUUGUUUAUUUCCUUAAUUAACAUUUAACAGCCCUUACCUUUUGGAAACAAUGCGCUGUGUGUGUUACUUCUGUCAGAUCUUAACCAGCCCAUAUCAAAGGGAAUGAAACCCAACUUGUGUGACCAUCUCAUUUGCUCUCAGGUUCAGAUGGACUCCUAACACCAAGGAAUUGCAAUCUCUUUUUGGAAACUAAUAAUUUUAAAAAGCAACUAGUGAUUUAUUUUUCACUCAGGCAAAGCUUUGUGGCAAAUAUUUUAUUUUUGGGGGAUCGUGACUGCUCAAAGGGAAUGCAUGUCACUACACAGGAAAUGAACAGAAUAGGAUCUCUUGGUAAAUUCACUUUCACUCAUUCUUUGCAAUGCCUUAUUUUUUUUAGUUCAUUUUAUGCUUUGCAUUCAUGUUAGCAAGGGACGACAUCCAGCCAUACAAGGCAUCUUAGGACAAGAUCUCACGUCUUCAAGGCUCACAAAAUGAGUGGAAAUAAAUAAAUUAAUACAAAAAAUACUUCAGGUUACUCUAACAGCCAUUGUCUGUGUAUGGAAUUAUUGUGCCAGUCUGUAGCGACCACAACACUGGGAAGAUCCUACUGACAAGAGGAAUAAGAACUUAUAAUGAUAAACAAUAUCCUGUGCAAAUCAACUGGAAUUUCAGUGUGCACUGUGACUUGCACUGAAAACGUACACCUAGCAACAUGACAGUCUGAAGGGCAUCUUUUCUCUUCCAUGUUGUCUGGGCCUAUCUAACCAGCAUGAAACACAUAGACAAGCCACAUGUGGUUUUUCUGCUUCAUGCUGUGAACUCUAUGAGGCAGGAGGAUAGUUUGCCACAAAAUGUGACUACCAUUUGUUGGGAGAGGGAAAACUGGAAAAGACCGUGCCCGGAACAUGUCCACUGGGCAUCCUACUGAAGAGAUCAACAGGGUGAGGAGAAACAGGACACUGUGUGUGGGGUGGGGAGGUUUCUAUGUUACUUCACAGAAGAAAUGUUAGAUCUUCAGAGAGAUGCAGUUACAUGUGUGUGUCAGAUUAAUUGUAUAUCCCUUUAAAGAAAAGAAGCGUUGAUAACUGGAAUAAUGUAUGUCUGCUUGGUAAUACUCUGUAAGAACAUAAAUCUGUCACUUAUCAAAUGGAUUAGAAUAAUCCAAAGCAAAACUUUUAAAAAUAAAAUACAGUUUUAGGUGAUGGGUUAAUAGUCUCUGCAGCACCAACCUGGUAUUUUUCCCAUCCUCAGUUGGGUGUUAGGCAAUGUGCUUUAAUGAUUGCUAAAUUUCUGCCUCUCUGUGGUAAUAUGAGCUCUAAAAUUAGUCUGUCAAAACAAUGAGACAUGACCGAAAAAUUUUCACUUUAUCUGUCCUGGAUGUUUGAUUGCAAAGAAAACCAUUAGAUAAUUACAGUACACUGUGACAGUGCAAGAAUUCUCCUGAAUAUAUUUUGAUGCCUGUUUAAAAGGAGAGAAUCUUCGGACUUCCUGUGAAGAAUACCUCGUAUGGUCUUUUUUAAUGUAAGUGUGUUCUUACACAUUUCUGUGUUCAGAUUACAAAGUUUGGACAAACUCAAAAUUAUAACACACCUGAGAGUUCAGACUGGCAAUUCUAUCCCUUGAGCCUCCACAUCUUGUUAUACCUCAGUAUCAGGUAAAUUUAUCACUAAGAUGCAUUCCCCUCAUCAGGGAGAGCUCUGUUUCUUUUGUGUGUAUUGGUCAGAACUUCAACACUUAAUUGAACGUGGAGUAGGCUUUGGGACACAGGGGUGGGUGUGUGAGAGCUCUCUUGAAUUUUUCGGCAGAAGUAUGCUUCCCUAUAGCAAACACGCCACAAAUUCUGUAUAUAUGUGUCUACCUGAUCAGCUGAACUGUCUCUGUCAAUUAAUGAAAUGCAUAUUGCAGCUUUUUUAAGGUAGAUUAUUUCCCCAGGAGGGUAUAAUGCUCUAAUAAAGUAGCUGGGGAUGGGUAAAUAUUUAUUUGGAGAAUUGGUUCAAUAGAUCUCGGCAAAUGCUAAGCACUCUGGCCCCAGUUCAGCAAACCAAUAAGCGUAUGCUUAACUUUAAGCAUGUGAAUAGUCUAUCUGAUGGUGAGAAUGUGCUUGUUGAUUUGUUGGAUUGGGGUCUUAUGGAAUCAGCACUUUGUAGGAUCGAGCCCUGAUGCCAUAGGGACUGGUUCCAAAACACAAAUAUGUCAUCCUUGGGCCAUAUGCCACCAGCUAAGAAAACUCUGAAGCUAAAAUGAAAAUAAAAACCCAGAAACAGGCUCCGGGGAGCAUUCAGAACAGAAACUAGUUUUAACAUACUGUUAGGUUUUUAAAAAAAAACGUUUCUGUGAAAUCAUCUGAUAUUGGCUGGACAUCCCAUGUAUGUAGCAUUAGUUACCAGGAGACAGGUAAUUCAUGGGUGUCUUUAGUGAACCAGCAAGAGAGAGAGGACUUCACAAAAGGAAACAAUUCUUAAAUGUUAGGAGUUAAAGCUCUUUCUGUGCUGAAUGCUUCAUACGUCUGGGCAAGAGGAGGCAAUAAGCACGUGGUGGUGAGUGUAAUUCCACUUUGGUUUCAGCCUGACAGAUCAUCUCUCAAGGUAUUUUCUCUCCCACAUCAUCUCUUUCUAUGUGCAACCACCUGUACUGGGAAAUGAUACUUGACCCACCCUCUUGUGCCCACACAAAGGCUCAAGGGAGCCAUUAUAAUCAGUCUACUGUGUAACGCAGAAAUUACUGGGUGUGCAAUAGCUGCUUUUCAAACAUUCACCUCGGCCUGUUCACCUAAAAUGCCAAAAAGGAGAUGAAUGGAUUUUUUCCAAAGCUUCGAUCUAAGAUUGCAUUUCAGUUGAUCUAGCGGGAGCCAAAACAGCUGUUUUUAAAACUGGAAAAUUUGGAGUUUCUCAUGCUGUACCUCCAGUAACAUUGUUCAGGGCAAAUGGAUUUCCAGUUUUCCAAAAAUGGAUUAACAAGAGGAAGAGUCCCUUCUGUGCAAAUACUUGAGAGUCCCAGUCUCAGUGCAGAGUAAACAUUCAGCAGUUUGCAAUGGAAAUUAGACGGACCCUUUAUUUUAGCAGCUCUGUAAUAACUGAACUUCACCAGCCUUUCUCUAGAGGCAGGGUGCUAUAAUCUACAUAAACUGAGUUCCCUGGAACUGAGCUCUGAACAUGCCAAACUGCUGGAGCAAUACUUGUAAGCAACCAGUUCUUUAAAAGACCAGCUUAGAGAAAUGUAGCCAAAAUAGGGCAAUGGAUGAAACUGUCACUUAAAAAUUUAAACAAUAGCAGUGAUGUCUUGAUUCUACUGUAUGUAAGAAAGUUUGAUUUCAAUCCAGCAAUCUUUUAAAAAAAAAAAAUCCUAAUCUCACAAAGAUGGGCUAGGGUUUGUACAGUGCAUUGUUCUUUGUUUUUUAUUAACAGCCGCUGUUUAAUGGGUUGGGAUGAAAUGUUCUUGUUAAGGCAAUUUCCAUUGUUUCAUGUCUUCUACACCAUUAUAUAUAUGGUGUACAUAUUUACUUUUG